CACACUUGUUUUCGCUAUAAACGUCGAGAAUCAUGCCGACGUUCAUGUUUGGUAACAGUACAUCGAAUUUCAACGAAUGUGUGUUUAACAGCAUAUUAUAAAUAUUGAUUUCUUAAACGAGACUUUUUUAUAACAAGAUGACCUAAUGGCGCUUGAUAUAAUUACUUUAUUCAGAGCAAUCGGCAAGUAAAGAAGUCAUAUUCGAAUAAUGAAUAUUAAGUGUGUAAUUAAUUUCGUAUUUUUAUAUGUGACAAGUUUUAAUAGUCCAGUGACGACGAGUAACCUCACCAUCUACGAUAUUUGUCCGUUAUAUAAAAAGGGAGCAAGUUUGAACGUUCAAGACUUAGUUGGAAGCUGGAUGACCGUCUACACUCAACCAAAGGCGGUCGAUUGUUUUAAAUUCCACAUAAGAGCUACUACGGAAUUGGAAAGGGAACAAUACAUCGUGCGGUACGGUGAUUUCAAUGGUCGAGUCGACUGGAGUAGUUGUCUGCUACAAGUGGAGACACCUCUGGGGAAACACUUCUUACAGGGCAAUGGGACAGAGUCUGGACUCAUGGAAAAUAUUAUUAUCACAGAGGAAAAAUACGGAGAGUACACGUUACAAAAUCAAAGUGCAGACAUUUGGAUGGUGUUCGGACGUCGCGGUAGUGAAGUUCUGAUGAUUCGAGACUGCUACGGCGACACAGCCGCGGCGUUCGCGCGCGCUCCCUACUGGCCCACUGCGCCCGAACUGAGUGCGAUAUUCCACCGCAGCGGCAUCGCUGCGCAAACGCAUGGACGACUGCUAUGCGAACCACAAGACAACCCAACAAGACAACAUGUUCACACUGAAAACCAUCAGCACAAAAGAAAUUGUUAGCCCAAUAAAAUUAAGUGAUAAGGAUAAGAUUAUUUUUAAUAAAAGUUUCUAAAAAACAGCUAUUAGAUAAAUAAAACAUGCUAUCACAUUCAAAUUUAUAUGGAAGUAUCAACAUAUAGGUGUGCAGGGCGUGUUGUAACACAAUUAUUGGGAUUAGUGUGGAAGUCUCAAACGUCCGGCUUAUCGCGCUGUCGCCGCCGUGUCCAUAUCAGACAAUAUAUUACACAAACGUCAGUAAAAGUGUGUUAGCGUCACUUUACACCAUACUUUUAGAAAUAAAAUGUUUGUUGUAUA